AUGUCAGGUGAAAUGAACACAAGGAACAGUAAGAAGUCAAGUUCGAGCAACUUUUCAACAAAUACCGAGGCUGCUGGUGAGCCGGAAAGGAAGAGAAGAAACACCAACCAAGCUCCCCUGAAGAAGAGGUUCGAAGAAGAAGAUCGUGAGGAAAUGAUCUCUCUAGAGGCGCAGAUUGCUAAGGUGGAGAAGGAGAUAGUUAAGGUCGAAAAACAGAUCAGAGAGGCGGAGAAAAAUGCGCUCGAUCCAGACAUGAAUAAGCAGCAGCGGCAAUACUGGUGCAAGAAAGAGGAGCAGCUCAGAAAGAAAGAGGAUCGGCUUAGAAAGGAAAAGGAGCAGCUUCGCGAUCUCUUCCUGAUCGAGGCGAAGAGGACUCAAGAUUCAAAGAAGCCCGAAGACUUUCUGUCAAAACCUGAAGGCGACAUGUUCCUGUCCUUCUUGAACGAGCUUUGUAAGCUUGCGAGGGCAGGCAAGACUUACUCAGCUCAAGAGAUUGUCAGCUUUUCGACCUUCUUGGGAGGGAAUGAGAUUUUUGGAAAAAAGCUUUUCCUCCGAGAUUGCUACUUGGAUAUGAAGCAGGUGAUUGCAGAGUACUUCCGCUUGGACACGGAGAAACCGAAGAAUGGCCAGAUCAUCCUCACAGGGAGUCCAGGGAUAGGGAAGUCAUGCUUUGCCUACUUCUUUCUUCUUCAGCUUCUUGGUUCUGAUGCGGAAGUAGUCUAUCAGGUAGGAACCGAGUACUGGUACUUUGAUGGGACAGAAUGGAGUCGGUUUAGAGAUGCCGCCGUUUCUGCAACUUUCCUCUCCACUUUCCGGGGGUGGUACAUCUGUGACCUGUACAAAGGUCAGGGGAACUACGUGUUGUCACGUUCGGUAAAGACAAUCAUACUGUCUUCACCCAAGCUUGGAGGGUUCAAGGACAUUCUGAACAAUGGAGCUGGGCGAUAUUUUCUGCCAACAUGGACUGAUGAGGAGAUGUCAAUCUUCAUCGAGAUGCAAGAGGAUCGCGUUAACGAAGAAGAAGCAAGGAACAUCGUCAAGGAUUGGGGGAACGUACCAAGAAAUGUCAUAGUGAGGCCUGUAGACACACUUGAGCAGGCGAUACAGACGAUAACCUCAAUUUCCUCGCUACAGGAAAAGAUGAGAGCAGCAGUGAACGAAGACCUGGGAUUGCCAUCGAGACUGAUUCACCUGGUCCCAAGCUCAGACUACAAGACUAUCAGUGCUCGAGCAUGCUCGCAGAAGGCCGCGGAGAAGAUCUUUGAGCAACUUGUCAAAACAGACUGGGAUGGACUUGUAAACCUGGCUUUCUCAGGCUCUGAUUCUGGGUUGUAUACGGCGGCAGGCCUGGUUUUUGAAUGCUUUGCGCAUGAGGUGCUGAAGAAAGGAGGAAACAGAUAUAGAUUGCGCAGUCUAGGGUCGGGUGAGGAUGAUGAAGGGGCAAGGGAAGAGAUAGAUUUGCAUAUGAAGAAGUCGCAGGCAUACUUUGAGUUUCCUACCACAGGACUCAACGAGUGGAAGAUCAUGAAGAACACAUAUUGCAAGCCCAAGACAUUGAACUUCCCUUGCAUGGAUGCGCUUUUAUUGUCAGAUCAGGAGGUCCUCUACAUGUUCCAGAUGACACGGGCAGAAGAACAUCCUAUCAAGCUUGGACCACUAUGUAAGAUAUUGACAGCUCUACGAGCCAAGAACAAGUUUGAGAGGGUUUUCACGAACGAGAAGACAGCAAGUGAGAUGGAGAAGCAGCAAGUGGAAAACGUUACUCAGCACGCGAUGUUCUUGUCCAAGGGGGACGUGGCAUGGCUAAAGGGAGCGGAGAUCAGGAUCCAGAUCGUAGAUAAGGCAAGGUCUCAGAGGGAAGAGCAACUGGAGGGAGGCGAUGAGGCGACAACAUAA